AUGGUCUCGUAUGACGUCGACGGCGACGGACUCGAGGAGGUGAUUGUGGGCACAACGGAGGGCCUGUUGUGCGUCGUAAAGCCAGACCACCGCGAACCGCUCUUCCUGCGCGUGCUGGCGGCGACCAUCUCCGUAGUGCUGUACACACCCAUUCAGAGCCGCCUCGUCCUCGUCACCCUUGAAGGGCAGUGCGAGGUCAUUGACCACUUCCUGAAGCCGACCCAGCAACAGCAGGCAGGCAGUGAGCCCGCCAACAUGAACGCGACCUCGUCCACGGAGGGUGGUGAUGGUCGCGCUGCAAGCGUGGGGGGGCCGCUGUAUCAGCGAACCGACAGCACCAGCUCACUGCCGCGCGCUUCACCGCCUCUUAACGGCGGUGCUAGGACAGCCGGAGGUGCUCGCGCCGGCGGAGGAGGCACCACCACCACUCCGCGCCCCGCAGGUAGGUCCUGGAGUCCUGAAGGCGCCAUGCCCACCUGCGUCUUUCAUGUGCCGUCCAACUGCCUCUGCGCAGACCUCUCACCGGACAGAGACGCCGACCUUGUCUUUCUCGGCUCUUACGAUCGACGCUUCUACGUGUACUCCAUCACCAAUGGCUCGUGUCUGGUCUCCCUGUUUGUGCACGACCCCAUUACCUCAGUGAAGGCGUUCGCGAUUCCGACGUCCGCUGCAGACGCGCACCCGACCACCACCUUGUCGUCCUACACCUCCUGCGACAAGCGAGCCUCUAAUCGGGCAAGCAGAUGCGGGAGCACAACGGGGUCGCAGAGAACACGCGCUAGCAGCAGCCCCGGCACCGGUGCCUCGAUACUGGUCGACUUCCCGCACGAAAUGGAAACGACGCCAGAGAAGCUGGAAAAGGCCUCUGCGUUAUCCUAUAUUGCGCUCGUGUUUAUUUCUACCCCGACGCACCUCAUCCUCCUCCCUGCCGGGCCGGGCGAUAUCCAGCGAUGGCGCAAGCUGCAGCCCAAGUCAGCGCACCUGCCCUUGACAGUGCAGCUCCGUAGCGACGAUCAACCACUAACGCUGCAUCAAUCACAGCAUUCAAAGCUGCACCAAGCACAACACAAGCACCCUCGUCGACGCUCCUCGUUGAGCAGUGGCAGGGGAACAGCAAGCACGGGCGCGGCUUUGGCGACGUCGGCCACUGUGCGUCUUCGCAGUGGCGGCAGCCACCCGUUUGAGGGCAAGAGUGGCGUCCCGCCUCAUACGACGCGCGCGGCGUCGGCUAGCUCGCCCGGUCUCCGGCAGCCUCUGUCAAUGUCUGCGGACACCGGUUUCGGAGGCGUUCUGGCGGGUAGUGCCCCGGGAGGGAAAGCCUCCAGUCGCCCAGGGCGACUUGAUGCCGUCACGACAGAUCGCCGGUGCGACAGCGCUGCUGUGCUGACGGGAGGAGCGCAUCACACUUCAGCUGUCUCAGUGCCAGCCACGAUGACAGCCGCAGCAGUACCAGCCGGUGCGGCUACCGGUUUGCCACUGAGCAGCAGUCAGCUGCGCCGCCUCACUCGCAGGCACGCCAUCCAAGGAGCGGAGAUGGGUCGGCCAGUUCUCGUAAAGCCUCUGUGGGCACUGCACAUUGGGCGUCAUGCACUCGACGUGCCCCUGCUUCAGACAUUGGUGAGUUCCGACGGCCACGUAAGCAACCGCUUUGUGUCAGCUACAGCCGCAGCAGGGUCACCGCCGCCUUCGGUUGCCGGUGCCAUCGCGCAGGAGGCUGCUCCAGGCACCGCUACCGGCAACCCAUCCGCGCGUCAACCUUACGGAGGCGGACGAUCCUCCAUCAUGUCCAUACAGGACUCUGUGGGUGGUACGACAACGAGCCAGCGCGCCGAGAACUCAUCGGUUUUCUACCUCAGCUUGUCAUCGUCCACAUCAACGCUACAAGGGGGCACCGCUGUCAGCAACAAGUCCUGCAACAGCGUUGUCCAGCGCAGAGGCACAGUGGCCGGGUCGGCUGAACUUUGGCAUCGCAGCGUCAAUGGCCAGAGCUGUGACGGUGGUGAGGACACAGAGGCCUCCAACGCAACCCCAACACUCUCUUCCAUGAGUGUGGCAACCGCGCAGAACAUUCAGCGGUCGAGUUUGCGCACUCCAACGCAUUCCCUCCCACAGCGACUGCGGCAGUGUAGCCCAAACGACAGCAGUGAUGACGACGGACCGGCAGUGGGUGGCCGGCGCUGCAGCAGCGGCGACGAUGAAGACGCCGGGCUACUGAGCGACGACGGAACUCUCAGCUAUGUGGGAGGCGCCGCCCCGGUGAUGGGCGCGGGCGACAUGGCGGAAAGGGCGCGUAAAGAGAACGACAAUGGCGACGGGGACUACGGAACGGCGACCGAUGAAGACUUCGGGCUCGACAGGUCAGGCGCCAGUACCGCGCGAAGCUACAGCAGCGGCAGUGAUGGUAGUGGCCACAGCUCAAGCGGCGAAGCUGACGAGGGCAUUGCGAAUGGUGGGCGUCGAGCACUGACUAGCAGUUCGAUGCGUCACGCGCGACAUCAUCACCACCACGGCACAGACACUGCCGAGCCGGCGUUGUUGGCGCGCAGUCUGUCCCACAGGCGAGCGGAGAGCGCGCCGAAGAUACUGCUGCGCCGCACUAGAAUCGCAGACGGUGCCAACAACGGAAGCGGCAACGCCGGCGGAGUGGGGCUGCUGGAAAUCCCUGCCCUAACGAAGGCAGCCGCGCACGUGUCUCUGCUGGACCUCACAGAGCAGAAAAGCGAGCGUCGCGCGCGUCAGCGCCAUCGAUGGGCGGCCGCGAGAGGACAUGGCGAGAGGGGCAGUCGUAGGCCAUCGCGUGACCGUCACACACAGAUGCCCGUUUCUCGGCAGCAGUACGCACAACAGCACCAGUCGGCACACGGCACGUCUCAUCCUCUAGCCGCUGCCGCAUCAGCUCCAGUCGGCGCGGAGGUGCGACUUCCCACCUCCGUUGAUGUGGCAGUGGGGGCGUCGCAGGUCGCGGUGGCUCUCAGCUGCGAGGACGGCCUCGCGCUGGAGCUGCGCUUUUCGAUUGUACGUCUCUCCUCCCUCUCAAAAUGCGAGCGGCGUCUGCCAUACGGGACAGUUCGGCUGUACAACAUGCAAAAUCCGCGAGGCUUGCACACCAAGGCAAGCGCGGUCCUUCCCGCGAGCCGCGCUGCCACUAAAGGUCCCAGGUCGGGGGGUGAAGUCCCCGCUCGCGAGAGUGGUGGCGGCUCCACCACGCGUCCCGCCUCAUUUUCGACAUCGCCGGAGGAUGUGCGCUUGCUUCAGCCGCAUCGCAGCCACGGCUCAAAACGGCGGCAGCUACAACGAAAGGGUGCAUCGCCGGUGACGUACAACAUAUAUUUGCCAACACCAACCACGGGGCAGGUGGGGACAGCAGCGGCGCUGUCGUCACUGUCUCAUAUCUCCGGCUUAUCUUUCACAUCCACACAUCAACGGCAGGGCAGUCGGAGCGGCCGCCGCGGAUGCGGUGACGCAGGCGGUGCUCUGGCAGCGACUGCAGCACUAAGCACCCCUCCGGUCACCAAUGUCGCUGGUGCUGCAGGAGCGUCGUCGGUGCAAGACGACACAGCGUGCUCUGUAUCAGCCACACUGAACCAUCCUCUAGGGGUGUCGGCUGGCGAUGCACCCAUGCUUGACGCGGACGGCGGAGCCGGCAGAAACAGCCGUGGCGCGUAUGUCCAGCACUACGGGGAGGAUGCCCUUGUGCUGCGCGCUCAGUGUCUCUGGGCGGCGCGCCUCAGCGAUAGCCCUCUCGUGCAACGUUCUCGCGUGUUCAGGGUUCGUGAUCACCACCUCGAUAACGCGUUUUGCACGGUGUUCGUCGCCGCCAACGGUACCUGUUUUGCCGUUGACGGUGACACCUUGUCCGUCGUGGAGUGCUGCAUCAAGGAGGACUGCAGCUCCUUCACGCUGAUGGUUGGGCCGCUGUCCACGACGCCAAUGCUGCCGGCGAGCGCGACGACGCUGCAGGAGUCACUCACGGACGCGUCCGCUUGGGCCAAAGAUGGGGCGGCGAACGGCGUGUCCGCGACCACGAUGAGCUUCAAUGGUCUCCGCGGCGCAGUGGGGCGCACGAUAUCCUGUGUUUGUGUCGGCCUUGAUGAGCUGUGCGUGUACUCGGUCGGGGAGGCGAAUCAGCUGUGGGGGCACCGCGACUGCCCCACUAGUGUGCCUGUUACCUCUGGCCCCAACGAGCCGAUCUCGCUUCUCUCACGGUGCUUGCCGGACAAGAGCUGCGCGCGUAUGGCGGAGGCUUCCGAUGCCCCUACUGGUGAAGCGGGCCAGGAAAUGGAUAUCCAUGCGGGGUGCUCUCUAGCCUCCAUGGACUCGGAAGAGCAAGCGCUGCUGCGUCAACUCGCCAUGCGACUCCGUCAGCAUGAGCAAUACGUGAGCCCCCCCUCCCACCAUGACAGGGGUACGGGUGCUGGCGCUGCCUCUGAAGGGAAGCAUGCGAUCGAGACCGAUAAAGAGGUGCUCAUGCGCGUGAAGAAACUGCUGCUCUACGACUACUCGGCGCAAGAGUGGGAGAGGCUGCAGUGGCUUGAGCAUACCCUGACGUAA